CAGUCCCCGUUUCUCUUCCAUUGUAACCCCACUCAUUUACUCGAAUUUCUCAGAUGGCAGGCAUGGAAGACCUCGAUAUGCCGCAGGAACGGUGUACGCACGCGGUCCAUGCCACCACGCCCGUGUUCGCAGGCGCACCGGGCUAUAAGAAGGAUUUCUGCCAGAGUCGCAGAGAAGAAGCUCACAGUAGCCUCGUUCACCGACACGUCUACGGAAAACCUUACCGAGAGGAGCUCUCCGGCGCUUAUCUGAUCCUUCAGCACCUUACGAGGUUUGGCACUCAUCUCGGAAGCGGUGUCUCAACGCAGUUAUGUCUGCUCUUCAAGGACGAACAUGACGCUCAGCGAGCGUCUGCCGUGUGGUACACCGCGGAUAUCCUCAGCGAGUUGACAGAAGCCGAAAUGGAUGGGUGUGUUGCCAUCGCCGCAGUGUGCCCACACCCUAUGCGGGGGAAGCUGCGGCCCAGCGAGGACGACGUGAAGGCGCGGCUCGAGCCUUACUAUGAUCGCGUCAUUGCCUCGAAGCACAACCCCAAGCUCUUUUACGCGACAUUCUCGACUCUCGAAGCCGCUGUCGCGGCCCUGCAUCGCAACGACCUGACCAAGACCGACGCUGGACUCGUCGUUGAAGUCUACGACUGCGCCACUGUCUGGGUUACGCUCGAAUCGUCCGAGAGGAAACACGAAGUGGAGACCGCGAUGUUUGACAAGCUGGAUGAAUGUGGAGUGAUACUGAAUAUCGAUGCCAAGUUCAAGGCGAUGAGCUCUCGGACCGUGGAAUUCACAUUUCCAAAGCCUCAGUUGGGGCGCGCAUUCGCUCUCAACACGCUCUAUAGAUCUCCAGCAGUCAUUCCGGCCUUUCGAUUCAUCAGACCUCAACCUGUCAAGAAGAGUUCGUCUGACCAGCGAGCUGACGCACCUCCGCUCUAUAGCGCAACGCGGACGCCACUUGUUCUCCGAGAGAUCAAGGAGAAACCACGCAUGGCCUAUGGUGAUCCUACCUCACGCGAGAAAUCAGACAAAUCUGCUAUCGCUCCUUCGCGCGACAGUGAAGGAGCUCCCGUCGACUUGUAUCAGACGUCUAUUCACGUCGAGGAAAAGCCCGGGAUCCCUCGCGGGACCGUCCCGGAUGCCCCACCUACGUAUAGCAUCGCGCCCGCGCGUAGGCGCUCACGUCCUUUGGGGCCGACACCGUCCGUUCGCCGCCGAGUCACAUCUCCGGCGCCGGUUAAUCUGGCAAUGGAAGCUAUCACGCGCUUGACCGAGCUACCCGACAUGAGCGACGCGGCUGAGAGCGCCACUCACGAAGUCGCAAGCCUCGAUGGGAAGAGGAAGGUCUAUGAAGAACGUCCAGCUGUUGUUCAAGACCAUGCCGAUGGCGAGACAUGCCCAGAGGAUAACGAGCAGAGGUCAACGGCCACGCUUCACGAAGACAAGAGCGAUCCGACGACCUUCGCAGCGGAGCUCCACGCAUCGGAGGGUGGCCGUGGCUUUGCGCGCAAGGAGUCCAAGCGGUCCGAAGACGCACUUUCUGGGGGCUUGGAACGGAAGCCUGCUAUCUCGAUGCCCUCGCGUAACGCGGCCGAGGAGAGGUACGGCAGCUUGCGCAGGAAAGGCAAGGCGUCUUCCGCGGCAACCUGCUCGAGCCCCAAACCCGAAGAGCCCGUUGUACCGGCCUCUGCGCGCAGCGAAGCAGGGACAGCUACUCAGCAUGCCUCUUCGCGCGACAAAGGACGAAAGUCUUCCGACUUCGCUCCUUCACACCGUGCGGAGAAGAUGAAUCCUCGCGACGCCGCAGAUCGCCGCGGAAGUCAGACUUGCGGAUGCCACAAGCAACUCUUCGCGCACGUGUUCACGACCAUCGACCCCGACCCUGACCGGUCAUGGAAAGAGUGGCGAGAAGGCGUCUCCUCAAUCUAAGCACAGCCAAGCACACCACGAGCGGCGCGCUAGGCCUCGCGCCACUUCUGACUCAAGGCAUAGCUCGAGCGCGCGCCGAAAUGACCCUGCUCCUCCCGCGAGUGCGGUCCAUCCAUUCCUAGACGACAUCCAG